AUGUUCGGAAUCACGAAAUUUGCUGUUCUCAUCUUGCUAUUUGUAUGCAUGGUGGAGGGAGCCAAACGCAAUGCUCAAUGCGAUCUGGUGUGCCAGAGGAAGAUGACGAUCGAAUGCUGCGAAUGUAUUGGAUGCCAUCAAGGAAUGCGAUUCGGAAAGCGAUCGCAGCCAUUCUCCACUCCGGAAUUCGAGGAGGCAGCUAUUGCUGCCGCCGAGCUAACAGCCGUCGAACAAGCUCUUCUUGAGCUUGAAUUGGAGAUUGCUGCUGCCAGAGCACCAUCUCGCAGACUCGUCGAAAAAUUCAAUCAUUAA